CUUUUGAGUAGUGGCGCUGUUAUCGCUUUUGACUUCGAGUUUCUCUCUGGCGUCCAAUUUGUGAAAUACAUUUUUCCCAUUUCGUUCGUUGUGUUUCUAAUGAAUAAUGAGAGGUUAUGUUGAAUAUUAAUUUAAUUUUUUGUGCAGUGUUUUUUGCAAAGUGUUUUGAUUUCAAAUCAUAAAAAUGGAAAGCAGAAAGGAGACUUUGGGUAUUGUGAAAAUAUGUCGAUUUUGCCUAGUGCAAAACAGACCCUUGGGAACUUUGUAUGAUAAAGCCAAAUCAAAAACUACAGUUACACUUCCAUUAAAAAUCUUAACAAACGUGUCAAUUGAGGUACUUCCAUCAGAUAAAAAACCAACUUUCAUAUGUGACCGCUGCAAAUUCUAUAUGAAUUUGUUCUAUGAAUAUAAACACAUAGUCCGACAAGCUGAUGAAUCUAUCCAUCAGUAUGUGCACAAUGGAACUCCUCUUGCGGCUGUCUCUUGGCCAGUUGCUCUAUCAAAAAUAUUCCGUACCCUAAGUGAGCCGGACACUGUUAAAACAGUAGUCGAAGGUGGUGCCACCAUUCAAGUCACAUCUCAUGACAUCUCUGACAGUGACGAAGAAGAUGGAAACGUAUAUAAUGUGAAGAUUGGUGACGAUGAAGAUACAAAAUGUAUCAAAGUAGUAACUAGCAAAGACACCAAAGCCAAAGAGAACGCAAGAGGUCAAGAUGCCUCAAAUGUUGAGGACAAGGAUUCAGAGAAGAUAGAAGAGGGCUGCUUCCCGUGCGACGAGUGCAACUGCACGUAUCCACUGCAGCAGUUGCUCAACUUGCACAAAAUGCAGAAGCACAGGACCAGGGACGUCGCUUGUAGCCAGUGUGAUGCUAAAUUCUUCACAAAAUACGAUUUAGCGGCGCACGCGGUACGACAUUCUAUGGACAUGCCUUUCGAAUGUGUAGCGUGCGGUAAAAAGUUCAAGCGAUUGAUUCUUCUGAAACGUCACGAGAAGAUGAUACAUCCGGAUAUACCUCAACUGCUGUGUCCAAACUGCCCGGCCACAUUCCUCUCUAACGAACAGCUGGAUAUGCAUCAGAAGAAGCACAUUCGCCUCCAGAAGCCAUAUGCUUGCACACAGUGUGACAAAAAGUUCCACGAAAAAUCAGCACUGCAAAGGCAUGUAGACGUUGUCCACAACAAGGAAGCAACGCUGUGCUGUGAAUACUGUCCCGAGCGUUUUGGAUCAAUAUCUAAGUUAGCGCGACAUGUGAGAUCACACGUGGGUGAGAGACCGUACCCGUGCAAGUAUUGUGAGAAGAGCUUCACUAAAUCUCAUCAUUACACCAGACACUUCCGUCUAAAGCAUCGGGAGCAGGCCCGAACGUCGGGAGCGAACGGCCAGCAAGAGCAGUACCGCUGCGAGCAGUGCGAGGACGUGUUCGACUCGCAGGACGACCUCAUAUAUCACUCGGCGAUACACGCCACGCAGAACCUCACGUGCCCGCUCUGCCAGGAGAAGUUUGAAGAUGUCGAGGCAGUCACUACUCACAUCAAGUCGCAUGUCAAUGGUGUUGAGUUCAUGUGCGAUUACUGUGAGCUUAUUUUUACUACACAAGAAAAGCUCGACAACCAUAUGAUGAUAGUACAUGAUGAUGAACUGCAAAAUGAAUUAGAUGAUGAGUCUUCAUUGGAAAUGGAUGAAAAUGAAGACGACGAUACUGGAAUUAACAUUAAAGAAGAAGGCGAUGAUAUGAUAAUAGAGAUCAAGAAACCAGAUAAUUACCUCGUUACUGAAGUUAAAGAUGAUACAGAGGAAAAAAUGGAUGUCACUAACUCUGAAGAAAGCGAGAGCGAAGCGACAUACACAGAGCUGCAGACGGUGGAUACUUUGGCGAUCAUAUCGAAGAAUGUGCCCAAACCUCAAGAAAAAGUGCCGUCAAAACCUGCCGUCACCACUACAACAACUGACAACAUCAAAAUUGUCAGCAAACCCGUCGAUAAUCAGACAUCAAAUAUAUUACGGAAAGCCGAGGAAAUAAAACGCAAGGCACCACCAUCUCCAGCGGGUGAUGCAGUUAUAAUAAGAAAAGCUAAGCCCGUCACUAAAGUGGAGAGCAGCAACAGUGGCGGAGCCAGCGACAAGUCCCUGCGCUUGCUAGAAAAGGAACUGCAAGAUCUUAAAAGAACGAACAGUCGUAAUACAGAGACAAAUAAAACGCCUAACAAAGUUUUGGAGUCGUCAAAAAGCAAACGGCCACAGUUCCAAACAUCUACACCUAAAUUAAGAAGCGCCGAGGACAAGAAAAUAUUAAAUAAAUCUUUCCCUCUAGAGAAGAAGCAAUUAGAAAAACGUGUUCUAACCAAAGAGAACAAAGAGCCAAAAGAGACUAAGGAAAUCAAAAAUAACGGCAAUUCUAAAGAGGAGAAAGAUAAAGAAAAAGAUAAGGAGAAAGAGAAGGAUAAAGAUAAUAACGAAAAAGAUUUCAAAGAAAAGGAAAAGGAGAAAAUUAGUGAAAAGGAUAAAGCAAAGGAAACUCCAAAGAGUAUAGUGAAAAAUGGCGCUGCCACUGAAAAAGCCAACACAGAGGAUGGAGUCCGUCGGUCAACUCGGCCAUCUAAAAUCAAAGACUAUGCGAAGAUGAUACGGGAAGUGACGCAAGAGUUGUCGGAUGACGAUGAAACAACUGAAGACGAUGAGGACUAUUGCGAACCUGAUAAAAGCACUGAGAUUCGCAGAGGACGUCGCCCAAGUCAGGUGGUGAAAGUGACUCCGGCCAAAACUCCGCCCGCGACUCCAGCCAACCCGCCACGAAAACGCGGCCGACCGCGGAAAGACAACAAACAGGUGCCUGCAAAAAUUAAGAAAGAGGAAGAGACUUUGGUAGUGAAGAAAGAAGAAGUAACAAGUCCAGAAAAAGAAGAAAUUGACAGCAAUGACACAAGUAGUGUUACUGAUGUUGAACAGAGUGUGUCUAAGACUCCAGAGCCGACCAACACAUCCACAAAUGUAAUGGUAUCACCUUCAGGACAAACUUUGAAAAAGGUUCCUGUAAAAGCGUUACCACCAGGAGUGAAAGCGAUGCCCCUGCCGAGAACGAUGCCAGCAGAACUCUGUGAGAUGCAAAUAGGCAAAAAAGUUGUGAAGGUGCAGAAAAUAGUUAUGACCAAAGCAGAAGUUGAGGCGAUGGCUAAGCAGGGCCUGGUUGAAAUGAAGGGUGGUACAAUGGUGUUGAAGCAAGGCAUCAAACUCUCCGACGCGUCUGCAGUUAAAUCGUCUGUCUCAGGCGAUGGAGGUAACCGACUUUAGCCGGUCAGAAGAGAAAAAGCGGUUCCGACUCGCUGUGAAAUUGGUGAUGAAUCGUAAUAUAAUUUUAAUUAUUUAAUUAUAUUUAUCAAUUACGCUAAUGUUAAAUAUGAGAAUUAACACUAAGAUUGUAUUUUAACUAUGGGACGCCUUUACCUCUCACUCGCUAAAACUCGCGAGGUAGGACUCUCGUCUUUUUUUUUUUUAAGAAUAUUUGCCAUACAUUUUAUAAAUUUGACCAAUAUUACUAUUGUCUGUAUUGAGGAAUAGUAUGAGUAGAACUAAAUAGUGCGUGUGGGUUUAUUGACUCGUGUAACAUUAUUUAACGGCCUCCGUGGCGCAGUGGUAUGCGCGGUGUAUUUACAAGACGGAUGGCCUGGGUUUGAUCCCCGGCUGUGCCGAUUGAGGUUUUCUUGAUUGGAUCUGGUCGUUACUAGUUACCAAGCGAAUUAGCGUUCCGGUACCAUGUCGUAUAGAAACAGAAAGGAGUGUGGAUUUUUUAUCUUCCUUACAGCUUCCAUCUUAGAUUGGAUCAUCACUUUUCACUUAGGUACCAUCAGGUAGUCAAGGGCUAACAUGUAAAAG